ACCAUGCAUCAUUCAUUUUCUCCAACCAUGGUUCGGCCUAACCUGCCCUUGAGGAAACCGUCAUCGAGCCCCAUGAGUCUUUCGACCCCAAGGCCUCCGGCUCCUCCAAAUCCUCUCCCCGUGCCAGAAGCAAUUGUGCGCACGCAGUCUGACGCCAUUGGAGACGACUUGAAGAAUGUCUCAGUCUGCAGGGAUCAAUCUGCAGUGUCGUCCACACCUGCAGCACUGAUCUGCAACUACUGUGGUAAUCAAGGAAAUCUUUGCUGCAAGCGCUGCAAGAGGACACUUUACUGCUCUGUACCGUGUCAGACGGAAGACUGGAAGGCACACAGGCACAUAUGCAAGCCUAUUGAUCCUGUACCUGAAAAUGAGAAACCUAAGGACACCACAGCUUCGCCAGUGACCGGAGACAAAGCCGGCCUGCUUGAGUCUCAGCAAGGAGAUGGCUUCAGCCUCCAGAGGGUCUAUCUGAAGGACUUGUACACUACUAAAAUCAACAAGGGAACAGAUAUCCAGGCAUCUGUUGUGGAGUUCUACAGCCCUGGCAGGUUUUUCCUUGUUGCCCAAUGCCCCGAGCUUCUGAAAGCUCUGCAAAAUAUCAGCACAGAGCUUCAGAAACUGUACAGCUGCCCAUCGGUGACGACGUAUGUUCCCUGUGUUGGAGAGGUUUGCGCGGUUCAGUUCUCCUGUGAUCUGAACUGGUACAGGGGUCUGGUCCAGACCUUGAGUGCUGACCAGAAGAUGGCUAAUAUCCUUUACAUUGACUUUGGCAAUGAAGAGACUGUCCCUGUCGACAGGAUCAAGCCCCUGUCUACUAAAAUCCAGCCAUGUUGUCCAUGCGCAAUGGAGUGCCGUAUCACUGGGGUGGUGCCAACGGCUGGCAGCUGGUCCGGCGAGAGCAGUAUUUUUGUGAAAAAGCUGUUGGCCGGCAAAACUUUAACUGUUAGGCUGGUGGAAACACAAGAAAAUGAUCGCAUCCAUUCUGUGGAUAUCCUAUUCCCUACAGGAAAUAAAUUGAGCGCAUUCCUCGUUGAGCAUGGUUAUGCAGAAGAGGAAGCUGUCAACAUCGCACCAACUCAGCAGGAAAUAAACGCCAUGGUGACUGCAUCUUUGGAAAACUUCAGGCGUCGCUCUGAUGGAAAGGACGACAACACCUGGGCUCAGCCACCAGAGCCACUGACACAGGCACUGGGUGACUCCUUUUCUGUCAUGAUCACCGACCUCCAGUCACCCAGUGAAAUUAUCUUACAGAAGGUGGAGAAUGCUGGAAUGAUUCAGGAGUUGCAGCUGAAUCUGAGGGAACACUGCUGUCAGCUCCCAGCCCCUCAGAACUUCAGGCCGGCCCCUGGCACAGUUUGCUGUGCAAGGUUCUCAGAGGAUAAGCAGUGGUACAGGGCCAAAGUUCUGGGUUAUUCAUCCGAGGAACGUGUCUGUGUCGGCUACAUUGAUUUUGGAAACUCUGAGGAAGUGGAUUUGGCUAACCUGCAGCCAAUCAGCACUGCCCUACUGGCCUUGCCAAUGCAAGCUAUUCCCUGUGUUCUAGCAGGGGUGCAGCCGGUUGGGGAGAGCUGGUCAGAAGACUGUCUGCUGGCUCUGCGGCAAAGGAUAUCAAACCGAAUACUGCGCAUUGAGAUCACGGCAACACACGACGGCAAAGCUUUUGUGACCAUGGUCGAUGAGGCCAGUGAUCCUCAGGCCGAUGUCGCCGAACUGCUGCGCUUUGCUGGUUUCGCUGCAUCUGCUCCUAUUCCCGUCGGUAGUGACCUGCAGGCCGACCAGACGGCAACGGCCACUGUGGAACCACAAGUGCCUACCCCUGCUGCCUGUGAGCCUCUGGUGUGGUCUUGUGCUGAGCUUCCCUGCGAUGGCCAGACAGUGGCACUGCUCGCUAGUGUCGUGAAGAACCCUCGAGAGUUUUACUGCUGCCUCAACAACCCUACAGACCAUCAGCGGCUGAUGGAGCUGGGGACUGAGUUGAAACGUCAUUGUGAGGCCAACGUGUCCGCUUCUGUGCCCAAAGUAGGGGAGCCCUGUUGUGCCCUGUUUCCUGGUGAUGGAGAGUGGUAUCGGGCGAUGGUAAACGGGCUGUCUGAAGAAGACGUGUCUGUAUACAUUGUGGACUACGGUCAUAGCAUGAAAGUUGAAAAGAGCAACCUUCGAUCAAUUACAAACCGGCUGCUGACUCUACCCUUCCAGGCAAUUCGCUGCUGGCUCAAAGGUGUGGAGCUUCUGGGGUCAGAGUGGAGCAGUGAAGCCUUGCUGUUAUUCCAGACUCUGGUGGCUAGCGAGCAGCUCUCUGCACGUGUCCUUUCUGUCACUGACCAAGGUUACGGUUUGGAUCUGGAGAGCAAAGGGCAGAAUGUGGCAACAGCCCUCAUUUCACUCGCCACAAAGACACAUGCAACCACUGGCUCUGGACACGCACGCCAAGAGAAAAUACAGGCAAAUGAGCAAAGCCCAAAACGAGCGCAUUGCUCGAACCAGGUGACAGGAGUCAGUUCCAAAGAGAUGCCAACUGAGGGGGGCACUGCAAUGCCAUCGGAAGCCCUGUGUUUCCCAGUGGACUGGAAGACAGUGGAGCUGCCUCUCAACAACACUUUUCAGCCCUGCUUUGCUGCCAUCACCAGCCCUUCCCUCUUCUACCUGAUAAGUCCCAGCCAGGGUCAGAACACUCGUUUACCGUCGGUCAAAAGUAAAUGCUCAAAUGAUAAAUGUGUUCUACUCCUUUCUGUUGUGAUUGCUGUGUGUUGUGCAGUGGACCCGCAGAAGCUUCAGGGGGUGAUGAUGGAGCUGGCUGCCUCCUGCAACACCAUUCAGGCCUCUUCAUCCUCCACUGUCUUGAGCAGGCCAGCUCCUGGGGCUGCCUGCUGUGCUCAGUUCUCUGCUGACAGUAACUGGUACCGAGCGGUUGUCCUGGAGGUCGCUGAGAGUGAGCUGAGCGUCGUCUACGCGGACUACGGCAACACUGAGAAGGUGCCCUUCUCCCGUGUCUUGCCCAUCCCCAUGAACCUGCUUCAGCUCCCCUUUCAGGUCACUCGCUGCACCCUCACUGAACUCUUCCCUGCAGAGCUUCCAGAGGAAGUCCAGAAGCUGUUUCAAAACCUGCUGUCGAGCGGCGUCCUCGCCACGGUCCAGUCCUUCAACGGCUCGGAGAAUGUGCUGUCGCUCACUCUGCCCACUGAGAAGGGCGGGGGGCACAUCGGCGCCAUGAUCUCAGAUGCACUACAGGCCAAGAGUCAUCCUGGUGCGUCCAUCACCCGGAAGGUUGACCACGCGGCCGGCAUCGCAGCCGCUGCCAUCACUGCAGCUGGAGCCGACUGCCGCAUCGCAAAGCCUGAAAGCCCAAAGGAGCCUGGAAAUACAGCAGCGAGCGCCGGCCUCGCCAUGAACCCCGAGCCGGCCCCCGAGACUCCCCAGCAGAAGAAAAACACUUCUGCUGGGACAAUCAAUGGAGUCAAACUGCUGGAAAGGAGAGCAGAAAAAGAUCCGGUUCAGAAGAUUUUGGAGCAAAUGGAGCCUCCGUGUAAAAUAACAAGUUCUAAUGAUCCUCCGACGUCUGGCUGCUGCUGUCUGAAGCUGAUCACGAAGAUCGACCACCUGCAACAGCAGCUUUCUCUCAUCACACUGUUGUUGGGACAUAACAAAUAGAAGACUCGCCAAUUUCAAAAGCUUUCAACCUUUAAUUUAUGGUUCACUCUGUUCUGGGCGUUUGUGUUUACCCCGUGGUUAAAUUCCAGGACCUUUUUAUAUUUCUGGAUGUUUUCAUUAAAAAAGAAGUAAAUGCAGUAUAAAUGGCCUGCAGUUGGUCCACCUGUUCAGUUGGGAUGUCCUGCCUGAUGGAGUUAUGUGUUCCUGUUUUUACAUAAAAGUUAUGUUUUAUCUUGUGA